CCUCCUCCUCACAGGACGGUUUUUCACCUCCCAAGCUUCUUCAGAAGGCUGUGCAAGAGUAGGCAAUCACCUUCCUGAGACUCUCCUUCCCUUCCUUUUUCUUUUGAACCCGUUCACCUUUCAGGUUUCCUUCAAAUAUAUUACCUGUCUGCGCGCCUUCCUCGCUGCCUUUGCUUUCCCCCACCCACCUCCCCUCCCCGUCUGACAAGAACAACUCACGCAAUCAGAGAAAGAGGCCGCCGCUCCUUAUACCAUUCAGCCAAUAUGGCGAACAAGCGGAUCAUGAAGGAAUUCCAGGAAAUCACUGGCAAUCCGCCCACGGGAUGCACCGUGGGACUGCAAAAGGAAGAUGAUAUGAAUGUAUGGGAUGUGCACAUGGAGGGCCCCUCAGAUUCGCUCUACGCUGGCGGCCGAUUUCACAUCGUCAUCACGCUCCCCAAAGAGUACCCCUUCAAACCACCAACCCUGUCCUUUCGCACCAAAAUUUACCACCCCAAUGUGUCCAACGACGAGCGCGGCGCAAUGUGCUUGGGUAUGCUCAAAUCAGAAGAGUGGAAGCCUCCGAACAAAAUCAAGGAAGUGCUGAGCUUGGUGAGAGCUACUCUGUCAGAGCCACAGCCGGACGACGCUGUGGAGCCCAGUAUCGCGGACAAUUUUAAAAACAACAAUGCGGAUUUUCAGAAGCAGGCCAAGGAAUGGGUAAAGAAGUAUGCGAGUUGAGGGAGGCUCAUGGAGGAUAUUUGCUCUUCGUAGCAUCACGAGACUGGGCUGCACCGCGGCAGGCGCUGCCAGAGAAGCCGUGCACACUGUGAAGACGGCCAUUGCGACUCACGACGACAUAGCAAUGUGAUACAUACAUGUACGGCACUGCACUGCACUGCACAUAUGAGUGCAGAAUGCCUGGCUGUCCGGAAACAUGGAACCUACCUACUUCGUCCCGGUUGUGAGAUCGAUGACGUGCCAUGGAUCUUUGACUGACCAUUUUUGCUCGCGACUCCGAAGCUGUGCCAGCACCGUAGAGUGCUCGAGCGUCUCAAUAGUUCACUAUGAAACAG